CUUUUACAAAUGGAAAUGUGUCUAUUGUGAUUCGUGAAACAAAAUUAAAAAAAAAACUUUAAUGCAUAUUUUUGAAUUUUUUAUUAAAGCAUUUUUUUUUUAACUUUUGCAUUGUAGAUUAAACUGUAGAAAAACUAAAAUAAUUUCUCCUUCAUCAUUCACAAUUAAGAUGCCAAGAAUGGAAGUGAAUAUAAAACAAAAUUAAACAUUUAUUUAAUCAUCAUUUAUUCAUCAUGAAAGAUGAGUCUCUCUUGAUAGCAAAUGCGAGCGAUCCAGACAUUUCCUUGCUCGCUGGCAUGAUGAGCCUGGCGAGGAGUGAGUCAGGUUUUGCAUGAGACACACCUGGCGAAUGCGCGCCGCUGACGUCACGCGCGGCGCUGAAUGGGCCGGCGGCGCGCGACUGCCGCGGCCCAUCCAUUCACUCGGCUCGUGGCCCACGGCGGCAGAAGCACUCGCGGCUCCGCUCGGAUCGCACGCACACCCCUUCCUGCCCUAUUCGUCACCCGCAGACCGCAAAAGACACUUUAUUGUGCGGCGAGAGAAAGAAAGACCUCGUCAUGUGCUCGCUCAGUCCGUGUUUGCGAAGGAAGCAGUGGCCGGCGGCACUUCUGCAACUUUGAUAAUUCGCCCGCAAAGAACGGCGAUGCCGAACACGUCGUACCUGUUCGGGAACGACACCGAGUACGGCUGGGGCCCUCGUUACUUCUUCGCGUUCUACAGCGAGUUCGGCGGCGAUGGCCGGCGCACAAUGGCCGUGCUCGAGGCCACGGCCCUGCUGGCCAUCGUGGUCACGUCCGUGCUGGCCAACGCGGCGAUCGCGGCGGCCAUUGUGCGGUACCGCGAGAUGCGCACCGUCACCAACACCUUCCUGCUCAACCUGGCGCUGGCCGACCUGGUCUUCGCCCUCGGCGCGCCCCUCGUCGCCGCCACCAGACUCACGCAGCACUGGACCCUCGGCGAGACGCUCUGCAAGGCCCUGCCCUACUCACAGUUUGUGUGCGGAAGUGUGCUGUUGUGGACGUUGACCCUGAUCAGCAUAGACCGGCACCGGUGCAUCGUGGUUCCGCCGUACCGCUCCCGCCUGACCCCGCAGAGGGCAGGCCUGCUGGUGCUGGCGACCUGGAGCAUGGCCUCCGUCCUCUUCAUCCCCAUGACCUUUUGGUUCCACCAGCAGCAGGUCGGCGACCCGCUCGGCGGACCGGACGUCCUCAUCUGCACCCUCGUGUUUCCGCAGAUGAACGGAUUCACCCUUUCCCUCGCCUUCACCGUCUCCGCCGUCCUCUUUGCCUGCGUCCUUCCCAUGGUCUUACUUGUUUACCACUACCAGCGGAUCUUCCACAAGCUGCUGACGACGCGCAGCCGGUGGAUGGUGCCGGCGAGCAGCUCGCUGGGUCCGCAGGUGGCGGCGGCGGCGUCGGCCGAGCUGGAAAAGGUGCGUCGCGACAGCCAGAUCAGCUUCACGGGCAUCGUGGGUCUGAACAAGACGCUGCGCAAACUGUCCGUCAACAGCCGCAUGGCCGCGCCCAGGGGCUCGGUCUCGAUGACCCAGCACGAGGAGCUGCGCCUCUCCAAGCACCUCAGGGUGGUGCGCGUGUUGCUGCUCAACGUGGUGCUGGUGCUGCUCAUGUGGCUCCCCAUCACCCUCGUCAUGGUGCUCAUCUACAUCGACGGACGACGCUCCACUGCGGCACCACUCUCAGACUACUUCCUCAGGUCGUGUCACUUUGUGUGGGCGCUGAUCCUGGCCCUCCUCAACACGGUGGUCAACCCGCUGUUGUACGGCGUCUUUUCCGAGAACUUCCGCGCCUGCCUGUGCAAGAUGUGGGGCGGCGGGGGCGGCGGGGGCAGCGCCAACGUCACCUGCGACCUGGCCAGGGAGGCCGAGGCCGGCGGCCGCAAGUCCAGCACGGCCAACCGCAACUGCAGCAGCGGCGCCGCCUCCAACAACGCCCUGCCCAAGCCCGCCGCCCCCGGCAGCUCCGCCUCCGACAGGUCGCCCUCGAGUCACAAAAACCUCAACAGGACCAAAUUGUAGAACUAAAAACAUUCCUUUCUCUCAGAGAAUAUAUUAUUCACACGUUUCGUCGAUUGUUGUGAUGCCAAAGAUGGACUCUAUUUUUCUGUGGCGGAAUCUUCGUGUUGCAAAUUUUAAAUCUUCUGUGUGUCUUGUUUGCCGAGACGUGUGUUUUGAGCAAAUUGUGCGUAUAUUUUUUGAUCAUUUGACUGCUGCGAUUAAAAUUUGGAAGAAGAAUGGAACUUGUACAUUUAAACUAUUUAAUGUCUACACUUUUCUCCCGAAUUAUGCAUUUAAUGUGUAUUUUAAUUGUGAAACAAUAAAGUAAAUAAU